CAUCAUGAUUCCUGUUAUGGAAUUUCGUCAGUUCUCAGAACAGCAGCCGGCGUUCCGAGUCCUGAAGCCCUGGUGGGACGUGUUCACAGAUUACCUGUCUGUGGUCAUGCUAAUGAUUGGCGUGUUCGGAUGCACUCUGCAGGUAAUGCAAGACAAGAUCAUAUGCCUUCCUCACAGAAUCUCAUCCGGCUCAGAAAACAUUUGUGAAGUAAAUAGGAGCUUAGUCCUUCAACGGCAGUUCAAUGCUUCAGAUAUGCUGAGAGAAAUGAGAGGGGUAAAAACUGAUCUGGAUCUUCAGCAGUACAGUUUUAUUAAUCAGAUGUGCUAUGAGAAAGCUCUACACUGGUAUGCCAAGUACUUCCCCUAUUUGGUUCUAAUGCACACACUGGUCUUCAUGGUGUGUAGCAACUUCUGGUUUAAAUUUCCCGGCUCAAGUUCAAAAAUAGAGCACUUCAUCUCAAUGCUCGGCAAGUGUUUUGAUUCCCCCUGGACAACGCGUGCAUUGUCUGAGGUGUCUGGAGAGAAUCCGGAAGAAAAGGACCAGAAAAAGAGUACAACAUCUCGGUCCAGCAAUGCGUUGUCGCCUGAAGAAAGCAGCCUUGAGAAAACGCAGUCCCUUCGGUCUAUUCCCGAGAAGAUUGUGGUGGACAAGCCGUCAGCAAGUGUCCUUGAUAAAAAAGAGGGCGAGCAAGCUAAGGCUCUUUUUGAAAAGGUAAAGAAAUUCCGACUACAUGUAGAGGAAGGAGAUAUCCUCUAUCUUAUGUAUGUUCGUCAGACUGUAUUCAAGGUGCUGAAAUUCCUUGUGAUCAUUGCCUAUAACAGCUUCCUCGUAGAGAAAGUACAGAACGAAGUGUGUUGUGAAGUCAAGGAAAUCCAGGAUGUUACCGGAUAUACAGUCUUUGAAUGUAAUCACAACAUGGCUCAUCUGUUUUCCAAGCUGUCUUACUGUUAUCUGUUUUUGGUGGCUGUCUAUGGCUUCACAAGCCUCUAUACCUCCUACUGGCUGUUUUAUCGCUCACUUAAAGAGUAUUCCUUCGAGUAUGUGCGUCACGAAACUGGCAUCAGUGACAUCCCAGACGUCAAAAACGACUUUGCCUUCAUGUUGCACAUGAUUGAUCAGUACGAUCCGCUGUAUUCCAAGCGCUUUGCUGUUUUUCUAUCAGAGGUCAGUGAGAACAAACUGAAGCAACUCAAUCUGAACCACGAGUGGACACCAGAGAAAUUGCGUCAGAGACUCCAGAUGAACCCAAAUAACAGACUCGAACUUCAGUUGUUCAUGCUUCCUGGCUUGCCCGACACUGUCUUUGAAUUGACGGAGCUGCAGUCGCUCAAGCUUGAGAUCAUCAAUAACGUGACAAUCUCUGCAUCUAUCUCUCAGCUGGAAAACCUCCAGGAGCUCUCUCUCUACCAGUGUUCCUUAAAGCUGCACCCAAGUGCUACUUCUUUCCUCAAAGAGAACCUAAAAGUGCUUCGAGUAAAGUUCGACGAGAACAGGGAACUUCCAAAUUGGGUGUAUGUUCUGCGUAACCUAGAGGAACUCUACCUCUCUGGAUCACUCAGUCCUGAUGCCUCAAAGAAUAUAGUUCUUGAGUCCCUUCGUGAACUGAAGUGUCUGAAAACUCUCUACCUUAAGAGCAAUUUGACAAAGAUCCCCCAGUCAAUCGUGGAUGUGUCCAGCCAUCUACAGCGUCUUUACCUGCACAAUGAUGGCACAAGGCUAGUAAUGCUAAACAACCUGAAGAAAAUGACUAGCCUUGUUGAGUUGGAGCUUGUGCGUUGCGAUCUUGAACGCAUCCCGCAUGGAAUUUUUAGCUUGACAAGUCUGCAGGAGAUUGACCUAAAAGAGAACAACCUUCGAUCUAUUGAGGAGAUUGUCAGCUUCCAGCAUCUCCGAAAGCUCAUUUGUCUCAAGCUUUGGCACAAUAGCAUCAUGUACAUCCCUGAGCAUAUCAAAAAGCUCAGCAGCCUGGAACGUCUUUACUUCAGCCACAACAAGAUCGAGAUCCUGCCCUCGCAUCUGUUCUUGUGUAACAAGUUGCGCUACCUUGAUCUAUCCAACAAUGACAUCCGAUUCAUCCCUCCCGAAAUAGGAGUACUGCAGAGUCUGCAGUACUUCUCUGUCACAUGUAACAAACUUGAAAACCUUCCAGAUGAACUGUUCUUUUGCAAAAAGCUCAAAACAUUAAAGCUCGGCAAGAACUCGUUAUCCAUCUUAUCACCAAAGAUUUCGUAUCUCAGUCUGCUAACCCACUUGGAGCUAAAAGGAAACCAUUUUGAGUUCCUGCCACAAGAGCUUGGGUGUUGUUGUGCUUUGAAGCGCAGCAGCCUUAUAGUGGAAGAGACACUGUUUGAAACUCUGCCAUCAGAUGUAAGGGACCAAAUGAAGGCAGAGUAAUGUGCCUUAUUGUAGCCCCAGUGACUGCUGAUUGUCCUGGGAAUUCAGAGACUUCAUUUUUUUUUUCCAUAUUUUAUGAUGUCAAAAUUUUGCCAAAAUAUGA